AUGUAUUAUGGGUAUAAGUUUAUGUACGAGGCCGUGGAACAGUCGCCAGCCACCGGCACCCAAACCCAACGUCGACGAGGACGUGGAACGCUUGCGAGAGCUGCGCAUUUUUUUGCGCGUCAUACAGACACUGCUUGCGACCGCGCGACUUGCCGUGAGGUCUGGAUCGCUCACCAGCGCCGCGACCGGCAAAAUGGCGCGAACGACGGAGACCGCGCCGCUGCACGAGGCUGCACACCGGCACCACCAUGA